AUGGUAGACAUAAAACUCAGUCAAAAGAACGAUAAAUAUACAGGAGCAAAUGAGACUGUUCAUGUUAAAAAAGAGGAUUAUGAUAGUCUUAAAUCUUUUGACAAGGUUACGUACGAUAUUCAUUAUAAUACUUCAUAUCCAUCUUCUUCCUGGUUGUUUUGGUCCAAAUGGCCUUUUUAUGUGUAUAUUAAAUCACUCACUAUGGACAAUCUCAUUUUCACCUAUUGUACCAAUAGCGCUGAACAUUUAGUUAAUAAGGUUGAAGCUUUUUAUUCGAAAGAUCAUCCAAGGAUUCCUUUAGUAAUAGGUUUCAUAAGAUCCAACUCUACUCAAUACUACAAGUAUGUAGAUCUGACUAAGCUUAAAACGUCCACCGGAUUUCCAAAAAACGAUUACUUUUUAGAUAGUGAAAUACCAAAUAAACUAAAGGAAGAAAAUUCUAGGAGAAACAAACUAACUUUUAAAACAGAUAAACGAUCUGAAAAUUAUCAAAGAGACGAAGAGCGUACUAAAUAUAAAAAUUAUGUGCAAUAUAAAUACUCUGUUCACGAAGAUAAAUUUGCUGGACCGUACAUAUUAUCUCCUAACACCUUAUUUGAAAAGGAACAAAGUUUGGUUUAUGAAUCAUUUUUUGACAUUGAAGGCAAAUCAUUUGAUUUUAUUGAAAUUUAUUAUUCCGAUAAAGAUGUCGCAUUGCUAGUAAAAUUUACAGAUUACUCUACCGAAAAUAGUUCUAACACUGAUACUUAUUUUAAAAGAGAAACUAGGGAUGGAAAAAAAUGGAAAAAAAUCAGUGAUACAGGUACAGAUUUUAAUACAGAAAAUCUACCUGCAACACUUGAUAAAGUGUUUUAUGAUAUCAAUCAAUCAAUAAUGAUUUAUAUCAACAAGAACACUAGGGACAGUAGCUAUCCUAUUAAACUAGUUGAAAAUAUUGAGGAUACUCCAGAUUCAUGCAAAAAGCAAUCUCUAAAAAUCUCGGUCAAAGCUUGCUCCAGUUUAAGCGAUAAAAACUAUCAAUGCUUUUAUAAUGACUUAUCUCAGACGACCACUGGUGAUAUUUCUGGUUUGUCCAAUGUCAUUGGAUUAAGAUUAUUUAUUGGUUCCAAUACAAAUGAAUCUAGUAACGUCGAUGACUCCAUUAAAGAUGAUAUUGAAGUAAAACUAUACGAAACUGCCCUAAGUAAAAGAGAAAUUAUUUAUUAUAAAACUGCUUCAGGGCCACCUCAAAAUAAGGAUAAGAUUUACACAUAUUUUUACAAUGAUGACAAUGUACCAUUAUUAAUUUGCUAUAAAAACAAGUGGUAUAAAUCUAUAAGUAAGGAAAAAUAUUUUGAUAAAUGGGCUGAGGAAACAGAAUUAAAAGGAAUUGAACCUGGUCAGUCAGGCCUUGAUAGCAGUAUAGUAUCACAGCUUAAAAAAAUUAACAGGGAUUUAAAUGCUAUUCUUUUAAACAAUAGUGCUAAGUACGGCUUAAAUAUUGGUGAAAAAAAGCCCAAAGGCUUCGUAGAAACUAGGGUUGAUGUUAAAAUAGAUAAUAAUCAAAAAUAUAGAAAAAAAACAUUUGAGACCACAAAUAAGGGCGAAAUAGGCAAGGUCAUGAUUGGAGAAGAAGAAAUCUUGGAUUGUGAAAAGAAUAAAUCUUUUUCACAAGUAUAUGAAUCAGAAUACAGUAAUAAAAAUUAUAACCAAGUAACAGCCUAUUACCAUUUGUCCGAUUCUAGCAAUAGCAGUCCGCUCUUAAUUUGUUUUGGUAAAAAAUCUAGUAUUUCUGACCUGUUUUAUGAACGAAAAAUUAGUACUGAUAUUACAAAAUGGAGAAAAAUUGAAGACAGAAAUACAAGUAAUCUGAAAGAAGAUUCGGGUUUGACCAACAAAAUAAAUAGUAUUCAUUACAGUUUUAACAAGUCUUUAAAGUUACAAUUAGAAAAACAGGGAGGUCAAUAUCAAAUAUGCCUUGUUAAUAAUAAUUUAACUGGCACCGAUCCUGGAUCUUCUAUCAGUAAUGAGAUAACCGUUUCCAAGAUAUCUGAUUGUUUAAGUGAUUCUAAUUAUAUAUGUUAUGAGCAUACCAUACCAGCAUUUACAGGUUCUACUAAAGAAGAAAAUAUAGGUGGUUUGAGAUUGUUUAUUUAUGACAGAGAGAUACCUACACAUAAAAAUAAUGGACAAUCUCAAAAGUUGCCAAUAUUUUAUAAUUGCAACAAAAAAGAUGUUCAUGUUUAUUUUUAUAGUAAUAAAUCUGUUGAUACGAUUCCACUACUAGUAGGUUACAACGGCAACUAUUAUAAGCCUAGCAGUAAGAACAACUAUUUUAACAAAUGGAUUCAAGUUCAAGGCAUAACAAGUCCUAACACACACUUAAAGGCAGAAUUGGAUCAAAUUAAUCUUGAUCUUAAUGAAAUCAAUUUAUCACAAACGGAUGACAAUAGUAGUUACGGAAUUUCUAAGCCUCAAGAAUCGGCUGAGUUAAAAUCACAAUUUCACACUGAUAGAAUCAAAGUUAAUGUUUGUAAGAGCUCAUAUUAUAGAAAAAUUUGUCAUACAACUACUAAUGAAUACAGUAUAGGAAAAGUAUAUUAUAACGGUAAAUUAACAGGUUUGAAAACCAAUGGCGCAGGGAAUGAAAUUUUUAUAUAUUACACUUACAACGAUGUUAAUUACGUAAAGCCUCUACUUGUACAAAUAAAAUCAUCUGAUUCAGAUAAAUGGUAUUCAAGAAAUGACAUAGAUGGUAUCAUUUGGACAAAUAUAGAACCUAUUGAUUCCAAUGAACAAAUUAAACAUCAACUACAUACCAUUGGUUCUAAGUUGUUUGUACCUUUAACGGUAAAAAUGGAACAACAUUAUGAUUAUACAAACGAUUCUCAUAAUACAAUAGCAGGUGACAGCGACUCUUCAGAAGUAAAAGUUGAUAGAUUAUAUAGAGACCCUGGUUUUAGACCUGAAAGCUAUCGUUGCUGUGAACACCAACUGUACAAUUACUAUAACAACAUAAAACAAUCAAAUCCUACUCUUGAUCUUUUAAUAAAUAUAGCCGGCAAUAACAUCGGAUUAAUUUAUAAUAACAAAAUGUUACCAUUAUACUAUAAAAAAUCUGAUUCCACACUGCAAUCCAGCAUCAUAGUCUAUUUUUAUGAAAACGACUGUUUGGGAAGCAGUGAAACUGAUAAAGUUCCUUUGAUGUUCAAAUUCGGAAAUCAAUUUUUUAUUCCUAUUGACAAAUCUAAUUAUUUCAAAAAGUGGAACCAGAUAAAUAUAAGUUUGUCAUCUGGAAACGAUUUAAUUAAAAAAAACAUAAAGGAUAAACUUGAUGAAAUUAACUCCAUUUUAAAUGAAAUCGAUUCUUCACAAAAAACCGAUUAUGGAAUACCUUACUGUUCAGAUUCUUAUUAUUAUAAAAAAGAUGGUUUCAGCUCCAAAAGAGUUGUUGUAACAGAGUAUUCAAAUUCAACUCAUAUAAUGCGUGUACACGAUCCUGUUAAUAAAUAUAAAAUCAGCAAAAUUAAAGCAAUUAGCAACCAAGAUUUUAAUGAGCACAAAGACAAACUUAAGUCUCAUGAUAUCGCUCAAGUAGCUUUUAUUUUUACGUUAAAAGAUUUAAUCUAUCCUAAAUUAGUGUUACUAAACCAAAAAACAAGUUUUAACAAUGCUACUUUUGGAUACUAUUAUUAUGAUAACAAAGGAGAAAAAGAACUAAAAUACCAAUUUAAAGAGAUAGAAUAUGGGUGUGAUUUGAUGACAUCACUAACAACUACACCAGAAGAUGAUGAACAUCAAUGUAGAGAAUAUUUCGAACAGAUUCCAGAAAUAUUCAAACAAUUAACUACCGACCCUAUGAACCGUAUUUCAAAUCAACAUUCAGAAGUUGAAACAGAAAUAUGUGACCAGAAUGUAGAUUCAGGAAUUACUCAAUGCCCUGGAACAGAACCACCACCUCUAAAAGGUUCUGAACUAGGCCCUACUUCUCCAAUAGACCCAGUUGGUUCCCAAGAGGCCAUGGGAGAAGGUGACAGUGCUGUACAACUAUUAUUGCCGGCACAAGAAGCAAUUCCCAAACAAGUGGAACAUUCAGAAUCACCUCCUGUUUUACUUCCAGAAACAUCGAAACAGACUAUUACACACUCUCCACAGGCUGAAAUCCCAGGGGGACAUAUCAGUCAAUCAUCGGAUUUACAUGUAACAGGGUCAGAAUCAUUACAUCAUUCAACAUCUACUUCUGAACUCUCUCUCGCAUCUAACCCCGAUCAUCGUCAGAAUGGCGAUGUUACAUCUGGGAGAACCUCUCCGAUCGCAGAAAUUAAGGAAUCAAGUCCUCCAGAUUCAUUAGAUUCUAGAGAAUCAACUUCUCAAAAAGGUGUUGGUUCAGGAUUGGCAGAUAGAGGAACAACCGUCUCUUCACCAGAGUCAGCUGAAAAUGGAGAUAGGUACAAAAAUUUAGGGCAAGAUCAAGAACGUUUUAGGACAUCGAACCGCGAAGAUCAAGCAGUUUCUUCUGGAACCGGAUUCGAGUCAGCCUCUGAUACAAAUCAUAAUCAGAGGAGGGAAGAGCAAGAAUUGUCCAAAGUUGGAGUAGAUUCUUCAAAUGAUUCAGAUUCGCUGGGACUAGAAAAUGGCAAUGAGUUUAGUAGUUCAGGAGGCAUGACCUCAAGAAAUGGCAAACGUAAAGUUGUGGAAGAACCUGUUCCUAAUCCAGAUGACAAUACAACUGAAGACAAAGGAGUUGGGGAGAAAAUUGUAAAAUUUCUUGAUGACCACAAAGAGGCAGUUGGUGGCGGUGGAGGAGCCCUUGUAACCGUUAGCAGUAGUGCCUACCCAUUGUAUAAAGUCAUUUCCAGAUUGACUAUUAUUGAAACAUUACCAACCCUGAUCCGUUUAAAGAAGCUACGUUACUAA